AUGUCCUUCAACAAGAUGGGCCUCAAGGACGACGUGCUCCGUGGCGUCUACGCGUAUGGCUUCGAAAGGCCGUCUGCGGUGCAACAGCGAGCUAUUCGUCCGGUUCUGCAAGGCCGCGACGUGAUCGUUCAGUCGCAAAGUGGCACAGGGAAGACUUCCGUUUUCUGUCUCGGUGCUUUGCACGUCGUGGAUGUCACAAGUGUUGAGCCGCAGGCUGUUCUCCUAUCUCCCACGCGAGAGCUCGCCGAGCAAAGCGCCAAGGUCUGUUCCGCUUUGGGUGAUUACAUGGGCGUGAAGAUUCACCGAUGCAUGGGUGGCAAAAGCGUCAAAGACAGCAUCAGAGCACUUAAAUCUGGGAUUCACGUCAUCUCUGGAACGCCAGGGCGUGUUCUGAGCAUGAUCCAGCAGCGGCACCUGGAAGUCAAGCGCAUGAAGUUGCUCGUCCUUGAUGAAGCUGACGAAAUGUUCAGCAAAGGCUUCAAGGAGCAGGUUUAUGGCAUCAAGCGCAGCUUGCCGGAUCGGCUUCAGACGGUGCUGGUCUCGGCCACUUUGCCCGAAGAGGUCCUUGAGAUGACGGCAGACUUCAUGAAGAAACCAUUCCGUCUGCUGGUGAGGCGCGAGGAUCUCUCACUUCAAGGCAUUCGCCAGUACUAUGUGUCAGUGGAGAAGGAAGAGUGGAAGUUUGACACCUUAUGCGACAUAUUUGAUUCCGUGGCGAUCACCCAAGCUGUGAUCUUCUGCAACAACAGAAAGAAAGUUGAUUGGCUCGCUCAGAAGAUGCGCGGAGCGAAUUUUCCGAUUGCCUCUAUUCACGGCGACAUGCCCCAGAAGGACCGUGAUGCAGUGAUGGACGCCUUCCGUGACGGCCGCACGAGGCAGCUCAUAGCUACGGAUUUGCUGGGCCGUGGUCUGGACGUGCAGCAGGUGACCUUGGUCAUCAAUUACGACGUUCCGACAAGUCGAGAGUUUUAUCUGCAUCGGAUCGGCCGCUCCGGUCGAUUUGGGCGGAGAGGUGUCGCCGUGAAUUUUGUCAGGACUGAGGACGAGGCCGUUGUGAAAGAUCUGGAAAAAUUCUACGGUGUUCCCAUCAAGGAGAUGCCUGCCAACUUUGCCAAAGUCCUCAAGGGAUGA